CGUAACCGCGUUCUGUUAAACUACAUCUACCAGAGGUUCACUGACUGUAGACGACCGAGUCCAUUCUAACGAGCGAUUUAUUCUUGUUCUUAACCCGUGUAUGGCGUUUCUUUAAUUUAAUCUCGUGAGCAGACAAUGGUCGAACACUAUUAUUCACUUUGCUCAGUGAAAACCCCAUCGAACCGGCUGUUUCCCUGCGUAUACGUUGCACUUCCGGGUUUUCGGGCAAGCGUCUUUUCUGAGGAUCAGCUGUGAAGAUUGAAUGAGCAAACGGAGAGGAGAGAGCGACUCCUGAAUGCUGUGCUGCCGAUAAUCGUUGCUGAAUACCAAGUGCAUAACAAAAGACAGCGUGGACUCCUUGAUAAAGCUGAUUCCCUGCUGUCUUGUUUAUGGAGCUGGCAGGAGAGCGUUGGCACUCAUCAGAUAUGUUAUUAUAAGCUGGUGUUAUUGGUACAGAAGUAUGAAGAUAUGUCAAUGGUGACUCAUCCUACUGGUCUGAUAACCGAUUCCUUCUUAUGCAGUUGAGUUGUUUCGGAUCUCUAACACUUGGUUUAGUUUAACGCAGCCUGUAUUGAUAUUGUGAUGAGGGUCCGCUGAGCUCGCCUGUUCCUCGGAGUCUCUAACUGGACUGUAUUAUAUUAAGAGAUUAUCGCGCUUUUAUAGAAUUUCUGCAUCUCACCUACUGUCAACCUUUGUUUGGAUCUGGAGAAAACGCGAGAGUCUGGUUGUUUUUCAUGAUUUAAUGAAAAAGUGUUGCUGGUUGGACAAUGAAGAAGUUCUUUGAUACCCGACGGGAGAUGGUGAGCUCCGGGCCCACGAUUGGAGCCGGUGCGGGAGGCAGCGCGGCGUCCGGCGCGUUUAUCGGACGCGUUUUCUCCAUUGGACGAUAUCAAGUGACCGUGGAGGAGACUGUAGCGGAGGGUGGUUUUGCUAUCGUAUUUCUGGUGAGGACUCAUCAGGGCGUGCGUUGUGCGCUGAAGAGAAUGUAUGUCAACAAUGAAUAUGACCUUCAAGUAUGCAACAGGGAAAUUCAGAUUAUGAGGGACCUUGUGGGUAACAAAAACAUUGUUGGUUUCCUGGACUCCAGCAUCACAGCAGUGGGAUCAGGAGAUGUUUGGGAAGUUCUCAUACUGAUGGACUUCUGUAGAGGUGGGCAGGUUGUGAACCUGAUGAAUCAGCGCUUACAGGCUGGAUUCAGUGAGCCAGAGGUGCUGCAGAUCUUCUGUGACACAUGUGAAGCUGUCGCUCGACUACAUCAGUGCAAAACUCCCAUCAUCCACCGGGAUCUCAAAGUGGAGAACAUCUUGCUGCAUGACAGAGGUCAUUAUGUACUGUGUGAUUUUGGCAGUGCCAUUAACCGUUCCCAGAAUCCACAAACAGAAGGCGUGGCGGCUGUAGAAGAAGAAAUUAAGAAGUACACUACUCUUUCAUACCGGGCCCCAGAAAUGGUGAAUCUUUAUGGGGGAAAGGUUAUCACUACCAAAGCAGAUAUAUGGGCUUUGGGCUGCUUGUUGUAUAAGCUGUGUUAUUUCACAUUGCCGUUUGGAGAGAGUCAGGUGGCCAUCUGUGAUGGCAGCUUCACCAUCCCAGACAACUCCCGCUACUCGCACGACAUGCACUGUCUCAUCCGUUACAUUCUGGAGCCAGACCCUGAUGUAAGGCCAGAUAUCUACCAGGUGUCCUAUUUCGCCUUUAAACUGGCACGGAAAGAAUGCCCAGUACAGAAUAUUGACAAUUCACCCAUUCCAGCAAAACUCCCAGAGCCAAUCAGAGCCAGCGAAGCUGUGGCCAAGAAGAGUCAAAACAAAGCCAGGCUCACUGAUCCAAUCCCCACUCUUGAGACAUCCAUAGCGCCACGGCAACGUCCCAAGGCUGGCCAAGCUCAAGCAAUCGCAGGCAUCCUGCCCAUCCAACCAGCACUCACCCCUCGCAAAAGAGCCAAUGCACCUGCAGGACCCAGCCAACCAAUCAGUGUUAACAUGGCUUCCCAGCCUGUUGCUCUUGCCCAAUCACAGGUUCCUGUCACUCAGCAACAAGCCACUCCUAUUCCAAUACAGGCCACUCCCUCUCCACCCCAGACCACACCCCAGCAUGCACAACUUUUUGUACAGCAGCAAAAUACAGCCUUCUUUACUGCUCAACAACAGCAGCAUCACUCAACGCAGACCAGCGCCAUACCUGCACAAAUGGUUGCAUCAUCCUCCACCCCUGUUUCUACACACUCUAAACCUAAGAAUAGGGCACCCCCUCCACCCAUACACCACCCUCAAACCAACCUCCUGACAUUAUCAGCAACUGCACAGACAAAAAACAAAGCAAUGUCCCCAGCUCCACCUGCAGAGUGUUUACAUAGUAAUAACGUAGAUGGUGAAAUCUCUGCGACUGUGUCUGCCCAACCUAAAACCAAAGCAAUGGCACCUCCACCCCCUACAUCGCAUGCCUCCACCCUUCCUCCACCUAAAACCACCUCAGCACCAUCCGCUGACUCUGAAGUGGACCCAGCACAGAGGUCCAUCGCUGGAAGUCGUGGGAUGCAUAAAGUCGGCUCUUUGACUCCACCCUCUUCUCCUAAGACUGCCCCAAAGGGAGGCCACAGACGAAUUCUGAGUGAUGUCACACACAGCACCAUAUUUGGAGUUCCUGUGAGCAAGUCCACUCAACUGCUUCAAGCUGCUGCUGCAGAGGCCAGCCUUAACAAGUCCAAGUCAGCUAGCACCACUCCCUCUGGCUCUCCACGUUCAUCACAGCAGAGUGUUUAUCAGUCAGGGGAGGCUUCGGGACCUUCAGCUGGAGCUUCAGCAUCCUGGAACCCCUUUGGCGAUGACAAUUUCUCCAAACUUACAGCAGAAGAGCUGCUUAACAAGGAUUUUGCCAAACUGGAUGCUAAGAUGGCAGAGAGAUCCUGUCCUGAAAAUCUGAUUUCAGGGUUGCAGUCUGCGUCUUCCAAUAAAGGCUUUCUCCAGGGAGGAGAGAAGUUGAUUGAGGGUUUGAAGUCUCCAGAGCCCUCUUCCUCCCUGACCCUCCCUGACCUUCCCUUGAAUGACCCCUUCAGCCCUGCAGACUGUAGUCAUGCUGGGAUGGAUUCUCUGAUCCCUGGUCUGGAUCCUUUACAGACUGAUCCUGGGUCAGCUGCACUACCAGGUCAGCAAUUUGAAUCCUUGGUUGGACAGGAUUCUCUUUUGGAUGGGCCGCUUCUCUCCCUCCCUUCCACUGGGGGUCUAAUACUGGCUUCAUCCCCCUCAUCUCUCCCUGCACCAUCUAUGGACCAGUUUACCACUACUGCUUUGAGCAGUGGACAGUCCCACCAGGCCUCCACCCUCUCAGGCUUCCAGUCCUCUGAGACUGGGGACCAAAGCUCUGAUAACCAGUUUGACCCAAUUCCAGUGCUUAUCUCCAAAAGCUCCAGCCAAGGUGGUCAUUCUCGCAGCAACAGUGGCAGUUCUGAGACCAGUCUGCCCUCGCUGGCACGCUCUCUUCUGCUGGUGGACCAACUCAUCGACUUAUAGAGGAAACAGAAAGAGAGGCAGAUGAAUAGAGAGAGAGGGAGAGGGCAGCGUGCAAUUCUUAAAAAUAUAGCGAGAGUUUAGAAACCUCAACCUUAAGUAAUCCCAUAAACCUUGUCCACCCUUGGGCGCCCUUACCCACAUUUUCCUUUGGCAUUCUUUUCACAUUUGCUGUUUGUCUCUCUUCUGCUGAUCCAUAAACAUUCUCAUGACUCUAUCAUUGAUUUAUGCUUCAUUCUUCAGGAUGUCAAAACAUAGCAACCAAUGAUGAUUUAUUUCAACUCCCAAAACAUACAUCUUAGUUAUAACAAACCAAAAGUUUAAUACUAUUUAAAGACAUCAUGAAAUGGCCUUCUGUCAUGUGACGUAAAAUGAAACAGAAUAUUCAGUGGGAUUAAUCCAUUGGGAUUUGAUUGGCUUGUUAAAUGUUAGCCUGCCAACUACCUAGCAACCACCCAGAAAAACCGUUAGCUUAGUGAAAGCAAAUGUGACAUGUGAAGGCAAAGUACGGUAACCCAUAUUAGGAAUUUGUCCUCUGCAUUUAACCCAUCCAAGUUAGUGCACACACAUAAGGAGCAGAGUAGUGAGUAGUGAACACACAUUCUGCAAACCGUGGACACACACACCUGGACCAGUGGGCAGCCAUUUUGUUGUGGUGCCCGGGGAGUGAUUGGGGUUUAGGUGCCUUGCUCAAGGACACCUCAGUUAUUUCCUUUCGGUACUGGAAUCGAACAAGCAACCUUUGGGUUACCAGUCGGACUCGCUAACCAUUAGGCCACGCCUGUUAGUAACUUGCUAAAAACACUCAGAACACCCAACAACCGUAUAACACCUUGACACUCUGGAAUCCAUCAAUAACACAUUAGUAUUGUGAUGAGGAUGUUUGUCUGAUCAAGCACCUAUAGAUUUUCGUUGCUGUCGGGCGGAAACCUCUUACUCAUCUUUUCCCAAAAAUGCUACUUUUCAGAGAAUUGCAAAAAACACUUUCUUUAAAAAAAUAAAGUGUUGUUAAAGUUUAUAUUGUGGCUAUGGUCAGACACAUGUUUUGUCCAUUUGUCCAUUUGUACAUUUUCAUCAACUUAACAGGUUAUAAAGUUUACUAUGUGGGCGCUUUUCUGUCAUUUGGCCAAAAUCUCAUAUUAUAAAAGGUGAAGUGUUACACACAGGCAAUUUUAGACAGUAUUGGCUAUGACUCGACAACAAAUGCUAGACUAAGACACUCUUCUCCGCUCCUCAAAUACAUAAAACAUUCACCUUUAUACAUAUAGAAAAUGCUGUACUUAUUCAAACAACCGUGCAUUGCAAUUGUAUUCAGUGCAUGUUUGCAUUGCAAACAAGCAGUGGCAGUCUAAAACGUGUAUGGCACUUCAUUCAAGAUCGAGGCGGGGUUGAGGAUUUUUGAGGAUCCAAUGCGUUACAAGGUUUAGUCACAAGCUCUUAUUAAUACUUUUCAUUGGAUAAAUGUUUGCAAAACCCACAGACAGACGUAAAGGUUGAUAAAUAGCAAUGAUUUAUGAAAAAAUUUAAAUGUUGAAAUAUAACUAUACAAGGUUUCCGCCUGACUGUGACGAUAUAAAACUUUUUUUGUUUUAAUCCAGAGUAAAGUUUACAUUUUAUUAAAGGAUUAUGAAAGCAAUCAUUCAUCUUUAGAAUAAUGUGGAUGGUUGAAUCAUGCACAACUUAAGUAUUUUGAUUCCUCUGAUUUCUCGGAUGUGAUCAGCCCACUGAUGAUUCCAGGCAUAUAAUGCCAAUUUUAUCCAGUUUAGGAUGUAAUGUUGUUUAUACCCAAUGUGGUUAUACAGUGGCAGACAUACAAUACAAAAGAAACAAGAGUAAGUCGGGAUUAGAGUUUAACAUCUUAAAAGGAUGAUGCUGCAGAAAUAAACUGAACUAAAGUAAAGACUUAAGCAAAUUUCAAGAAAUUGAGUCAUUAAGGUCAGAAGCAUACUCUACAUAAGUAUACAAAAAUAGACUACAAAAUAGACAUCCUGUACACUCUAGCAACCAGCUACAACAUGCUAACAAUACCAGAACACUGCUCAAGUAACAUUUCUUCUUAUUAUCAAUGUUGUACUGCUUAAACCUCCUAAUGCAUUCAAAAUCAGCAUACGCCUUCGCAUUCCCAGGUCAGCUUUGACCUGGUGGAACUUGAGCUUAUAAAACAUUCAUAAUUUAUCAAUUUUCAACUAAAACCAUAUUCUACCAUGUUUACCAUAUUUAGCAACAUAUGAAUAUGUAAAGAUGUAAAAAAAAAAAAAAAAAAAAAAAAAAAAAAAAAAAAAUAGUUACUGUGUUAUUAACAUGCUAUUACUACAUUAACCUCCAACUUACAUUAAUUUUGUUAAUUAAAAAGAUAGAAAUUCUUUGAAAUGUCAAAUUAUGAACUACAGCAACACUAGUGUUGUACAAAAAACAUUUGUAUUAAUAUUUGAGAAGUUUGAUUUGAAUAUAUCAUUACAUGAUAUUUAUAUGAACAUAUAAAAUAUGAAUUUAAUGUAUGAACUCCAUUGACUUUGUGGAAACCAUGAUAUGUGUUUUUCUUUGGUGAAUAGAAACUUAAUAAAGAACAGCAUUUAUUUAAAAUGGAAAUUUUUUGUAACACAAAUGUCUUUACCGCCACUUUUAAUCAAGUAAAUGGAUACUUACUGAAUAAAAGUAUUAUUUUCCUUAAAAAAAAAAAAAAAAAAAAAAAAAAAAAAAUAUGUAUAUGUAUGUAUAUAUAUAUAUAUAUAUAUCAUUCUGACCCCAACUUUUGAACAGUAGUGUAGAACAUGCAAUGUUAGACUUUUAACAUGUUAGGGACUGCUAGCAUGUUGUUAGCAAGUGUUCUGAUGGUAACAAACCAUAGUCCUGAAAAAGGUGAUGGUUACCUUAAAAUGUCUGUGCCAUUAAAACAGUACAGGAGCUUUAGUGUCUAGAACUGUUAGCGUUCACAUACUUAUGCCGAGUAUGUUUUGGCCCUUAGAAGUUGCAUUUAAAGUUUUCUCAUGCACGUUUACAUUAGAUUUAGAUUAUCCUGCAAAGUUCUAGACAGGCAACAUCACAGAUAAAUGUAUAAACUGCUGUAAAUGAACACACAUUUAACAGAUGUUUCCCUUUGCAGUCGUUAUAAUCUGUCACAGUAUUAAUCAUCUUGAAUUUCAUUCCUCUGUGAUGUUCUUUGAUCCUGUCAUUUAUUUUUUCCUGUCAUUCUGUCUCAUCUCCUUCCUUUUUGUCUUUUUUUUUUUUUUUAUUUGUUUGUUUGUUCAUUCAUACCCCUUGCUUCUUUUCUUUGCUUUUUGCUAUAUCUGACAUACGUGGGACACUUAUUAUGCCCUGUACUACCAAUAUAGUGUAAAUUUAAUAUUUAUAAUUUCGAUCCAGUUAUGCAUUGUCCCCUUUUAAAACACAUAAAGGAUAAAUGCAAUCUGUAGAUGAAAAGGAAGCAUGCAUCAUAUUGAGGGUAAAUUAGGCUGUGAUGGUAUAGGAUGAAUGUAAAAACUGAGAAUCUGUGUAAAUGUGUAUUAUUCUCAAGAUAAAUAUUAUAAGAUAAAGAUUAUUUAUCUGUAUGUUAGAGCACAAAGUUGUCAAAUUUGCUUUUCUGUCAGUUGGAUUUUCUUUUGUCACAUUUUGCCUGUUGAACUUGAACAGAUCAGAAUAUCAGAGUUCUGAAGAAAUUCAGUGUUCAGUAACAUUUCAUCCAUCGAGCUCUAAAUGAUAAAUGUAAAUAUAAGCUGUUCCAAAACCUCAUGAGCUGUGCCUGUAGGCAGCAUUUAUUUUUAUCCAUUACCUCCUUGAAUAACCUCUAUUUUGAAUCUUAAUCUCUUAAAAUUUCAAUAAGACAGAUAUGUUUAUUUUGUAAGUUAACUGUGAGUAAAUGUGUUUGGACUGAGCCUAUGACGGUCUGCUCCUCCUGAGGUCUCGUCUGCCAUGUGACGUUUACCAGAAAUGAGAGAUUCAAAUAAAACACGCAAUGAUUCAUUCAGUUACAUCUGGAAAAUCUAACCUAAAUAAGUAAUUGUGCUUUUCAACAGGCAAUACCAAAAUUGACAGGGUCCUCACAGUUGUGGAAAAACUAGAUUUUAAAGUUGUGUUUACUGGGCCUGGAAGUCAUGUAUAUUACCACAGUGAAUUGUUUUUCCUAGAUACGCCUAACUAGUACUUCAUCAGCUAGAUAUUGCUCUUCUAUAGACUAAUUGUGAUGUCCAAAGACAGCGUUCAAACUAGUUCACAAAUCAGCCUGAAUGGUUCAUUUGCUAUCGUAUGAAUCAAACUAAUUUUUAAAAAUCCUUUCCAGAAAUCACUUGAAAUGUCGUGGAAAAGUGACGGAAAUUCAUUGGACAAAAAGUGCGCAACCCUUUAUCUAGAAAGCAGGUCUUUCACUCUUAAAAAUAAAGGUUCUUUAUUGGCAUUUAUGGUUCCAUGAAGAACCUUUUAACAUCCAUGGAACCUUUCCAUUGCAUAAAAGGUUCUUUAUAGUGGAAAAGCACUCUUUAGAUUUUUAAAAUUUUCUUCACACCAAGAAAAACACCAAAACGUUUUUUUCACAGCAAAACCUUUCAUUGAGAUUGGCUCAAUGAAAGGUUCUUUAGGGAAUACUAAAUGGUUCUUCCAUGGCAUCACUGCGAAAACCACCUUUUGGAACUGUUAUUUUUAAGAGUAUAUAUAAAGCUGAUAUUAACAAAUUGAGACAUUAAAAUGACUGACAUUAAAUAAACACUUACUUACCUCCAGAUGCACUCAAAAUUUAAUAAAAAGUUGACAACAGAAAUACCUUAUCCUUCAAGUGAACUUUUCAACAAUUGUCAAUAUCUCAGAAUGGUCAAAUAUUGGCCUAUAUAUCGUACUAUCACUAUCUUGAAGCUGACGUUAAAGUGGUGUCUAGGCAGCACAUAUCAGACAUGUCGACACUGACUCUUCACAAAUCUUUACAAAGUCACAUUUUACAGACGCAUAUCAAACAUAAAACAGCUCAAUUUAAGAAAUCAUGUCUGUAUGUAUAUGUAUGAUGUUUGAAUUUUCAUAAUUAGAUGUGCGGAAGCAGUAAUAAUACACAAUUAUUUAUUUUGAGAUGUAACUUCUUAUAGUGUACUUCAAUGUUUUUUGUUAAAUGCUAAGAGUAUUGUUUUAUUUUGAGUCAUUGUUUUGUCCAAAGCUUGUACAAAUGUUGCAUCAGUAGAACAUUGUUGUGUAAUAUUCAACCCGAUCUCAUGAGAAUACGUAACUAUUUUACGAGUUGGUGAUUUCGUAUGAAAUUGUACAGUGUGAUUCAUAUGGAAACACACGAUUUUUAGAAAAAUAUAAAACAAGCAGGACGGUCCACCCCACCUUUAAACCAAACCGAUCUCAUGGCAGUUCGUACGUGUUUUACGAGGUGGCUAAUUCGUUUGUACGAAUUAGUAAGUUUUUUUUCAAAAUCGUACGUAUUUUUUACGAAUUGUCAAAUGCGCAUGAAUUUGUAUGAAUGACCUACCCCUAACCCCGCCCCUAAACCUACCCAUCACUGGGGUUUAGACAAAUCGUAUAAAUUCAUACGAGUGAGGUCGAACAAAUUAGCCACCUCGUAAAAUAUGUACAAUUGGUCGUGAGAUAGCGUUGUUUAAACCUUACCAUCAUUGUGACAUAAGCAGAUCGUACGAAAACCUAUGAAUGACAUUGUAUGAAUUCUUUCGAAUUAGCCAAAUCAUAAAAUGGUCACAAAUUACCAUGAGAGUGUGUUGUCAAUAUUAUGUUUAUGUGACUGUUUUCUUUGUUGUCAGUUUCUCUUUUCUUUUUCCUCCCUUUGCUUGUUUUACUGUGGCUGACCUAUGCAAUCUGACUGUAGUGCUCAUAGUACUCUUAUGCACCUAGCGGUGCGGCUAAGUAGUCUGACGUUGAAGUCUUUAUUGUGUUGUAGCGUGUAUUACAGCCCAUGUCAGGAGAAAAUAAUGACAACAACAAAAAAGUCUUAUCUAUACUGGAAUGCCAUCACUUCAUCCUUUUUUCUUCAUGUUAUCGAGCACCGUAUUCCUUCUGUUUUUAUGCGACAGUGAAAAUUCUGAAAAGGAGGAUAUUAAAUAAAAAUGUCAAUGGGAACAGA